AUGAUCUCUGAUUUCUACCCCGACCCCAUGAGACCUGAGCUACCCGAUUGGUCCGCUGUGGCAGAGGUGGAGGAGACACUGAAGCGACUUCAGAGCCAGAAAGGAGUGCAGGGAAUCAUCGUGGUGAACACGGAAGGGAUCCCCGUUAAGAGCACCAUGGACAAUCCCACCACCACACGGUACACCAGCCUCAUGCACAACUGCGUCCUGAAGGCCCGGAGCACUGUGCGUGAGAUUGACCCCCAGAAUGACCUCCCCUUCCUUCGAAUUUGCUCUAAGAAAAAUGAAAUUAUGGUUGCACCAGAUAAAGACUAUUUCCUGAUUGUGAUUCAGAAUCCAACUGAAUAAGCCGCACUCUUGGCUCCACACAUCAUUCCUUAACUUAA